GCUUUACUAAGUGUAUCCCCGACCUCUUUCUAAGAAGAGUUUUCAUUGGCUGGGCCAUAGUAACAGAGUUCAAUCCUUAUUUACCAUUCAUAAGAUACAGUAUUGAUUACUCGGAGAAUAGGUUGACAAUUUGACUUCAUGUGGAAGGGGUAUUUACAUGAGACGUGGGUUUCCUUUUACUUCAGCGUUCUUUGGCCAAUGUGGAAGUGGAUUCUCAGAAAAUGGACAGGAAAAUGUGAACUUCUAAGAAUAACUUCUGAGAACCCAAAAGGGGCUAAAAGAACAAAGGCAAUUGAAAGAUCUUUGAAACAUUCAAAUAUUGCCAUCCUGAAACAGCUGAGUAAAGAUGAAAUCAUUAAUGUUAUACCUGCAUCAGAGGAAGUCAUGAAGAUAAAAGAUGUAAUAGCUGAAAUUCAUCCUCAAUUUGCAUACUGUUUCCAAGUAUGUUUAUGUCAGAUAUGUGGAUACAAAAGACUGUUUGCAGAAGUAGAAGAAAUGAGGAAGACACAAUAUUCUUCUGAGAAUCCAGAUCAUGAAGAAAAACUUAUGCAGCUUUGGGGGUUCUUGAUGCCAGAUAUAAAGUUAGAGACGAGACUUAGUAAACAAUGGACAGAUAUAGGAUUUCAAGGAGAGGAUCCUAAAACUGACUUCAGAGGGAUGGGAAUGCUGGGAUUAAACCAGUUACUAUAUAUUUCAUCAAAAUACACAGCGUUAUCACGGCAGAUUUUGUCAAAAUCUCACCAUCCAACAUUAGGGUUCUCGUAUGCCAUAGUAGGAAUAAAUCUGACUAGUGUUCUGUAUGAACUAUUAAAAAAGCAAACUUUGCGGACACAUUUCUAUAACAUUAAAGAUGACAAACCAUCUCUACAUGAUUUCCAUGAAUUGUAUUGUUACAUGUUUAAAGAAUUUGUUACAUUCUGGUUCAGUGAGAAGCCAAAAGAUAUAAUGGAGUUUGGAAGAGUGAGAGACAAGUUUAGAAAGAAAAUUAAACAAAAACUUAAAGGAGAUUUAACAACAAUACUAAAAUUUGAUGCAGAUGAGGAGUUAGCAGUCUGAUAGCAGAAUUUGAUAUUAGCUUAUUUAACCAAUUGCAUUUAUAAUUUAUACCUGUUUAUUAUUAUGUUGUGGUGCCUACAAUUGUAAUGAGAAAUUAUGUAUCCACUGAUUGUGAGAGCAUAGUUUUUUUUUGUACUGUCUAAAAUUGAAAAAAAGUCACUCAUUAUCUUGCUCAUAGUUUGUUUGUUUAACAGAAAAUAUAUUGAGCCUUUAAAAGAGAACAUUUUUGUUAAUUUGAAACAUGUAUCCAUAAAUAUUAAUUAUACUGUGCCACAUCUACCAAACUGCACAAUAUAUUAUCUCUAUAAUGUUAGUGGAAGAUGGUAAUAGUACCUUAUCAUGUAUUGUUAAAUAAGGAUAAAGUGAAGGGUCAUCUUAUUAUGGUUGAAUUAUUAUGAUUUAUGCAUUUAUUGUACUAGUGAAAAAUAUAUGGCUUGGUGAACUAGAAAACUUUACAUUUUUUUUGUAGGUUGAUAUUGUAUUUAAGCAGCAAGUUAUUUAUUUGACUUUAUAAAGUUUUGUUAAUUAAAAAAUAAUGUGAAUACAAAUAAUUUCAUCUUAUCACUCUGUAACUGAAAGGUUGAUAUUUGAAAUUUCUUAUACCUACAAUGUGUUAUUUUUAUUAUUUAUCAACUUAUUACCGUUUUCUUCUAAACUGAUGGCUAAAUCAUGUUUAAAAUUUUAGACUUUCCAAAUAUUUUGGAAUAUAUUCAGCUCUUGACCUUCAAACACAUCUUUUUUGUCAUAGCAUGUGCAUUAUGCAUCUUAAAUUUUUGCAAGUAAAGGAGGAAAUAACAAAAAUAUUAAGUGAUAUUUAUUUUUACUUUAGUCCAAAUGAAAUGUGGAAUUAUUUUUCCUAAAUAAAUACUUGCAUGUUUGGUAUAUAAAAUAUGUAAUUAAAAUUUUUAACAAAAAUAAAAUAACAUUGAUAUGCUUUACAAAUUCAGUGGUUUACAUAAUAAUAAUGUUAGGGAAAUGGGUAUUGCGUUUGUUGGAAUGUGAUUAUUGUUGGUAGCUGCUUAUUUUACAAAGUCAUCAUUUUUCAUGAACAUACAACAGAUAAUAUUUUUUUGGUGACAGAGUUUUAAUGUUAAGUUUCUUGUUUAUGUCCAUUCCAGAGAAUCAUAGUUAAAAUUUUGGAUAAGAUUGCUUCACCCUCUAUGCAUUUCAAAUGGAUGCAAUAUCUGAAGGUCCUUUUCCAUUGCUUUUCAAGUAUAAAACUUCAGUUUUUGGAUUAAGUGGGCUUAAUAUAUACUUUUUAAAUGCCAUAUGCUGUUGUAUUUGGAAUUUUAUCUUCAGCCCAGUCAAUGUGCAUGCUUCAAAUAGUUUAAUUUUUACUACUACUCCCUCACCAUUGUGUAGCAACACCACUGUAUAUAGGUACCCCUGAAAUCUAAGAAACAAUUAAUGAUAGAAAAAGUACAUAUUUUAAUCCAAGUAAACAACUAUUACUGUAAAUUCAGAAAUUAUUGCGUGCAUUUAUUAUUGCAAUUUUGUCAUUUUUGCCUAAAAUGUGAUUUUUGUUUUUACGAUUUUGAGAAAAAUACAAAACAUUUCAAAAUGCAAGUUUAAAUUAUUGGGUUUAAAACUCUGUCGCAUUUUUCGCAAUAAUAAAAACCUCGCAUUAGUUUCUGAAUUUACGGUACUUGUUAUUGACCAUAAAAUUUAUCAGCUUUAUAUACAUGAAUUUCUUGAUGUUAAUUAUAGUUUGAUUUACAGUGUGAUUCAAGCUUAAAUAUGAUGAUAUGCAAUCGUUGUACUAAAAUGUCAAACGAAUAAUUGACUUAUGCUGACUUUGUUGUAUUGGCUUUACUACUAUAGUUGUUAAUGUCUGUGUCAUUUUGGUCUUUUGUGGACAGUGGUCUCAUUGGCAAUCAUACUACAUCUUCUUUUUUGAUAAUUAUCCCCUUUUGAGUCAUAAACAAUGAAUCUCAUACAUUUUAUAAACUAGCAAAUCAAAAUGUUGUUUCUUCUAUCAGUUCACAUUCCAUGAUAUAUGUACUGAUAUUGUCAGGAACAUCAAACAAUAAGUCUUUAUAUAACUUCUUAAAUUGGCCCUAUUUAUUGUUUUAUAUUUUUUUUGCUACUGGCUGAUUGAUGGAUAGUAUUUUCUUAAAUUACAAAUGUCCACUGGCAUCAUCCCUAUAGGUGUGUCCCUAUUUAUUCCUAUUUAAUUUUUGAUGUAAAGAAUGCUUUAAGAUUAAAAGUACUUAUUAACACAAAACAGAUAUCUUAUGUCUACAAUGGUGUUGUUGAUUGUUUUGUGAAUAGAAGUCAGUAUGGAUUGUUUGUCCAGAGAAAAUUCUAGUCUGUACAGUGUACCUUUACUUUCUUAAAAGUAAAAUGAACUUGAUCUUGAUGUUAUCCAACCUUAAAGUAAAGAGAAAAUUGAUUUUUAAUUAUGAUUUGUUGUGCAUAAAUUUUAUGUAAAAAGUAGAAAAAAUCAUUACCACUGUAAUUAGGCAAAUAAAUUUAUUCUAAAUAUAAUUUAUGUACAUUUAUAUGUAAUAAGAAUGUCAAUUGCUAUCCACUCUUGUACAUUUAAAGGUGUUUUAUACAUUGUUAUUUUAUACCCACCCUUGUUUUUCCUGCGAGCUGUCAUUCAGGCUAUAUAUUCAGUAAAAAACAAGGGAGAUAAACAAGUUAAGUUGGAGGGUUUAUAAAAGUAUAAAAUGCUGUUAUAAAGUCUUCUGUUUUUCCAUGUUGUCAUCAGCUGAAUAAAUAAGUAUUUUUCCUAAAAGCAAAGAUUCUGGGUAUCAGUUUUACAACAGCUAUAUCAAUUGUUUUCUUUAAAGUAAAGAAAACCAACAUUAGUGAUAUAGAUUUUCCUACACCAAAUGGUUAAGAUGUAAUGUAAUAGGGAAUAUGGAGUUAAUGACAGAGAAUAAAUCCUGGUUAGGGAAAGUAUAAGAGUUGUUGUCUGUUGGUUUGACGUUUAAGUUAUGAUUUUGCCAUUUGAUUAGGGACUUUCCGUUUUGAAUUUUCCUAGGAGUUCAGUAUUUUGGUGAUUUUAUGUUUGGCUAAGGGGUACAAAUGUAUUAAGAAUGAUUUGCAGGAAUAUAUUACCUUUUUUUUUGUAUUUUCUAAAACCUUUUUGAAAUAUGUGUCCUCAAUGCUCUUUAACUUCAUAGUUUCUUUCGACUUUUCAUAUUUUCUUACUUGUACGUCAUUAAUGGGUAUUUUUGUAGAAGAAACAUAUGUCUAGCUUACAUUUUACAAGCCUGGUAUCUUUGAUGAUUAAUAUUUGUUCGGUGAAAAUGUUGGAGUGACAGACGGAAAAGGUGACGACAACAAUUAAAGGUCAGCAUCAUGACCUAUAGAACCCUUCAAGUGUCUUAAACAAGAAGAGAGUAUGACAAUAUUCCAACAUCAAAUAUUGAUUUAGCGUUCCUAUUUUGACUGAAUGUGUCUGUGUAUUUAUUCAUCCAUUGCUACCAAACCUACCUUAAGUACGUGUUUUACAGCUAGAUAUUGUCCAAAUAUUUUUAACCCUGUCUACAAAGAUUGUUUUAGGGUAUAAAUUUCAGGGAAUAUUUAUGCAACUUGUUCACCAAAUUAUGGCUAUAAAAUUGAUCAAAUUUGUACCUUCCCUUAUGCCACUUUCAUUCCUCAAAAAUAAUUUUGACAUGUUCUUGAAUAUUCAUUUUUAUGUAAUACCAUUAUUUCAAAAUGUAUAAUAUGUAAUUAUUCUUUCUUCAGCUUGCUAUGUACUGAACACAUUUUGAAUUUGUGCUCCUGACAUAGUACCCUUAAAGCUGUUUUAACAAGCCAGCAUUACAAUUCGUCCUGAAGUACCAUAAAAAAUAGUUUUACUACUGCUUUACAAAGUCCAUGUUAAUAUUUACCAGAACAUAGCUGUAGGUUGCAAUGAAGGAAUGCACUGUUGUGAAUACCUAUGUCUUAACUUUUGUUGUUUGCGUGAAAUGCAUUAUACAAUUUAUUAUAUCUUAAACAAGUUAAAAGGCUCAUUUACAAUUUUCAGACUGAUCCUUAAUAAUACAUGUUACUGUUAUAAUUUUGAUCGUGUCAAACAACAGGCGCCUUUCAAAGACAUUAAGUAAAAAAUCAUGAUUUUGUCUUUCACACAGCAUGUAUUGUAAUAUUAUUAUCAUAAGUUUACCAUACGACCCGAUUGUUACUGCUAUAUUUUGCUUUUGUUUAUGUUAAUGCAAAUAAAUAUAAAACAAUUA